AUGGGCUCCAUGCACCUGCAGCUGGUGGCGUUCGCCCUGGCUGCGUCAGGGGCGUGCGGAGUGCUGGUGGCCACCCUGCUGCCCAGCUGGCAGGUGCGCGUGGUGGCAGGCGCCAGCAUCCUGUCAGCCGUGGAACAGCUGCAGGGGCUGUGGAUGGACUGCACGUGGCAUAGCACGGGCCUGUUCAGCUGCGCGCCACGCACCUCGGUGCUGGGCCUCCCGGUGCACGUCCAGGCGGCACGCGCUGCGAUGGUGCUGGCCUGCGUGCUGGCCGCGCUGGGCAUCUGCACGGCCCCCGUGGGCAUGAGCUGCACCCGCCUGGGCGGCGACGGGGAGGACACCAAGCGCCACGCUGCGCGGGCCGCGGGCGCCUGCUUCCUGGCGGCUGGGCUGGCGGGCGCGGUGCCCCCGGUGUGGUACACCCGGGAGAUGGUGGCCACCUUCCUGGACCUCACAGUCCCCGAGGGCAACAAGCCGGAGCCCGGGGCGGCCGUCUACACCGGCUUCGUCUCGGCCGUGCUGCUGCUGGUCUCCGGCUGGGUCUUCUGCGGCUCUGGGGCCAGGAAGCGGGUGGAAGCCGGGCGCCAGCCCCCCAAGCUGCUGCCAACGCCGGACAAGGCGACCCACCACCUGGAGGACUACGUGUGA